CUGGAAAUCAGAACCCCCCACUUCAAAAACCCUACACCAAUCCAGCCCGCUCACAUUCUGUCUCAUAAAGAUUCAAGCUUUUUUCCUCCACAGCGUCUGCAAGUGAAAAUCUUCGGGAAGAUUGAGGUGUAACAGAGGAAGGAAGGAGGAUUAAGGAUGUUUUAUUCGCACACUUUCUUGGCUCGGAAGGGUCCAAUGGGGACUGUUUGGUGCGCCGCGCAUCUACAGCACAGCCUCAGGAAGACGGAUUACACCAGAACCAAUAUACUGUCUACAGUUGAGUGCAUCAUGUAUCCCGAAGUACCAAUUGCACUGCGGAUGUCUGGCCAUCUUUUGCUUGGCGUUGUUCGAAUAUAUUCAAAACAAGUCGAAUACUUUUUUCAAGAAUGUAAUUACCUGGAGUUGCGGUUGAGAAAGGCGUUCUUGUCAACGAGUGUCAAUCUACCUGAAGGUGCAACUCAAGCGACUUAUAAUUCCAUCACUUUGCCAGAAACGUUUCAACUCGAUGCAUUACAAUCAGAUUAUGAUUUACGUGCAGAGAGGUUUGUGGAUACUCACCUUAAACCACUUGAAGAGAUCACACUCGAAGAGCAAGUUCCCAUGGGAGGGGAUCAAUAUGUUGCGAUUUAUAUUGAUGAGGAUGAGGGGAGGGGUUUAUCAACUGAGAAUAUUGUCUCUGGAUUGGAAGCAACACCUAUGGAGAUAGACCCUCAGCCUCCAGUUGGGGAGGGGACACCUGGUGGUCCUCAACAUUCUCCCCAGAGUACCCCGGCUCAAGAGUUUCCAGAAACUGAGGUUAUGCGUGAUGCUUCGCAUGAUGUUGGUGUUCCUAGUACUCCGAUGUGGCAAGACAGGAGGGAUGAUGUGUUGGAACCUGACCUUGUUUUGGCGGAGCAGGUGACGAAAGAUGAUCAAAAUCGUUCUCCCGUAGGGGUAGUCGAGGAAAUGUUGCCUUCGGGAGGGCGUUCUUCCCCACCUCAACAUCGCGAGCACCCUUCAGCUUCUGCAGAAGUUGGCCAAGGAAACACGAGUUCACCCCUGUCAUUUGGGAACGGGUCACCUGAACUAGCAAUGCGCCCAUCCCCGCCCCCACCACCGCCCCCUCCUGAGCAGCGACCGGCAAGGCAAAGAAAGAGGAAGGUGGUUAUCGAUGAAGCCUUAGUGUUGUCAAAUCAGGUUCUUAAGGCUGGACUAAACGACACAAGUCGCUUGAAACGGGCAAGAAAGGAAGUUCCCCACUCUUCUUUGGGCAUAUGGAGAUCAAGCAAGAGACUAAAAAAGGAUGCCAUGUUCUUCUUCGAGCCCUUAAUAACUGGGCAGUGUGGAGAACUGUCUAAUAUGCAUGAAAAAGAUUUCGUUUUUGCAAGAGCCCACCCGUCUUCCACAGAUGAGGCUCGUGAAGAGGCCACUGGUGCACAAUCUUCCUCUCCUUCGGGGCGUGAUGAUAUGGAAAUCGAACAUCUUCGUGAGAAUGUAGGCCCUACUGAAGGCGAUAUUUUGCAUGAAGUCUUGCCUAUGCCAAGUACAUUGGUUUCCUCUCCGGUCACAUCCCUGCCUUCUCCAAGCAGACAAGAAGAUUUUACUCCUGCUCCUACCUCAUUAGGGCCACAAUCAGAUCAGGCUGAAAGAACUAUUGAUUCUGGGAUAUUACCUACACCAGACCCUGCUGCAUCAACUGGGCAUCUUCAUUCAGAUAUGGACACCCCUUUGACAAUCCCUGAGGAGGAUUUGCGGUUUGAAGCCACUGCUCUAUCUGAUAUCCCCGAGUUUGACAAUUCUGCUGGGGAUUUAAGUUUUCUGGAACAAGAUGAAAGCACCCCUACUGGCUCUCAGGGAACUCCAGAAGUGGGUUUAUCUGGAAAACAAAGAACUCCAGAAUUUGAUGCAUUAUCUACCAGAACAAGAGCUGUCGCACAAUAUCUUAAAGGUCAGUCAUCAACAACUCCCAUCUCCGAAGGUCAAUCACCAGCAAGUACCAUGCCGGGACCUGGAGAUCUGAGCUUAAAUGCAGUUCUGGAAGGCAAAACCAGGAAAAUAUGUGCUAGAAUGUUUUUCGAGACUCUUGUUUUGAAGAACUGCGGGCUGAUAGAUGUAAAGCAAGAAGAACCCUAUGGCGAUGUUACUUUGAAGGCAACUUCUAAGCUAUGGAAGGAACAACUAUGAAGCUAAAUAAAAUAUAAUCGACAUGUGAAAUUAGAGGUAGAAAUGUAGAAUACAGAAAGCAUAGUGCUUUUGAUGCAUGUAGCCAUGUAGGAGCUAGAAAAGCCAAAACCCUGUAAUUUAUACUGGUAAAGAUUAACAACAAUUUUUCCAUUCUUGAAAA